AUUUUGAUAUUUUCCAAGUCUACAACUUUUAGGUCUCUAACUCCAUCUCCACGUACUUUCUCACCAAGUCUCCUCCUCCACGACCAUAUCCCUUAUAUUAAUGUAAACUCAAACUUCCUCUACCUAGCGAAACCCAAUUCAAUUCUUCAUACUCUUUUUUUGCUAUUCCUGUGCUCUGUUGCUUGCUGUUAAGUCAGUAUGGGCAAUUUGUUGUGCUGCGUACAAGUUGAUCAAUCCACGGUUGCAAUUACGGAGCAAUUUGGCAAGUAUCAAGAUGUGCUUCAGCCUGGAUGCCACUGUCUCCCUUGGUUCCUUGGAUUCAAGCUAGCUGGUCAUCUCUCCCUCAGGGUGCAGCAAUUGGAUGUUCGCUGCGAGACCAAGACAAAGGAUAAUGUAUUUGUCAAUGUUGUUGCGUCAAUUCAGUAUCGUGCCCUGGCAGAUAAAGCAAAUGAUGCUUUCUACAGACUAAGUAACACUAAGGGUCAAAUUCAGGCCUAUGUUUUUGAUGUCAUACGAGCGAGUGUUCCAAAACUCAAUCUUGAUGAUGUCUUUGAGCAAAAAAAUGAAAUUGCUAAGGCUGUUGAGGAUGAACUUGAAAAGGCUAUGUCGGCUUAUGGAUAUGAAAUUGUUCAGACACUUAUAGUUGAUAUUGAACCAGAUGAGCGUGUUAAGAGAGCUAUGAAUGAAAUCAAUGCUGCUGCUCGGAUGAGGGUGGCUGCAAAUGAAAAGGCGGAGGCUGAGAAGAUUUUACAAAUUAAAAGGGCUGAAGGAGAAGCAGAGUCAAAGUAUCUCUCAGGGUUAGGUAUUGCACGACAACGUCAAGCAAUUGUGGAUGGUUUAAGAGACAGUGUGCUUGGCUUCUCUGUGAAUGUGCCUGGAACCUCGGCAAAGGAUGUUAUGGACAUGGUCCUUUUAACUCAGUACUUUGACACCAUGAAAGAAAUUGGCGCUUCCAGCAAAUCAUCUGCCGUUUUCCUUCCUCAUGGGCCCGGUGCUGUAAGAGAUGUGGCGAGCCAGAUUCGCGACGGACUCCUUCAAGCUUCUACUCAGCAUUAAAUGUUCUCUCACAGGAAUGUCAAUGAGUUUCACUUGAAGCAGCUAUUUUCCUUUUGUCUUUACUUCUCAGGUGUGGAUAUAUGUGGUGAGUUUGACUUUGACAUUGAAUUUGUGAAUCUAGUACUGUCCUAUGUACAGAAGUAUGUAAGAUGUUGAAGAUUUUCAGACCCUUUUUUGAAGAAUUGUGAAUUGCUAUCUGAUUUUUAGCAGCCUUACCUUUACUCUUA